GACUAAGCCACCAUCGAGUCAACCUAAGCUCGCUCGGCGUUUCAUUCGACCGAUGGUAAACGUAUCGCCCGCAACAACUAGCCACCUCUGACACCAGACAUGGCUGGUACUUAUUUCCAAGAAAGGCCUUCGCCAGCCGGCCAUAAGGGUCUUUCCCCAGCGUCUCCAGCCGUGGGAUCUGUUUCUCGAGGUGCAAAUGCACUGUCCAGCAGAAUAACCAGUGUUCUCUCUGCAUCUUAUGCCGACCUUGAGAUUCGAGAUGCCCUAGAGACAUUGGAUUCCCGCAGCGUGCGCAACACAGCUGAGACAAGGAGACAAAUCAGGCUUGAUGUACAGAAGGAAGUUAUUCAGUCCAAUGGCGAAAUUGUUAAGGACUUUGGUGCUGUUGCAGAGCAAUUGAAACGUAUUGGUACAGCCAUUGAGAGUUUGAAUCAAUACUGUGCCGACAUGAGAGGCCAUAUCGCAGCUGCGAAUCGAGAGACAGGGCCCGUCAUGGAGGAAGCGAAGAGCCUCAUGAACCAAAAGAAGCAGGUUGAGACCAAGCAGCAGAUAUUGGCCGCGUUCAAUUCUCAUUUCAACAUUUCUGAUGAGGAGUCUACCGUUUUAACGUCCACUGCGGAACCCGUCAAUGAGGAGUUUUUCCAGACUUUGACCAGAGUGAAAAAGAUCAAUCAUGAUUGUGAGGUCCUUCUGGGCACGGAAGAUCAAACUUUAGGCCUGGAGGUAUUAGAGCAAAGCUCCAAGCAGCUCAACGCUGCGUUCCAGAAGCUGUACAGGUGGAUUCAGCGCGAGUUCAAGACAUUGGAUCUGGAGAAUCCUCAGAUCAACGCUUCGGUCAGACGGUCGCUGCGCGUGUUGGCCGAAAGGCCGACGCUGUUCCAAAGUUGUCUUGACUUCUUUGCUGAGGCUCGUGAACACAUCCUAUCCGAUGCCUUCCAUGCUGCUCUGACAGGCGAGGUAUCUGACUCGACAAAUUUCGCAACCAAACCUAUCGAGUUCCAUGCACAUGAUCCUUUACGAUAUGUCGGCGACAUGCUAGCAUGGGCUCAUUCUGCUACCGUAUCUGAAAGAGAGGCACUGGAGGUUUUGUUUGUUUCUGAGGGCGACGAAAUCACGCGUUCCAUCCAGGCAGGCUUGGAGAGCGAGCCUUGGCUCCGUUCAGAUGGUGAUGAAGAGGUCUUCGACGGACGUAAAGCUCUGAAUCAACUGGUCACUCGCGACCUGACCGGUGUGCUUCGUUUGCUUCGGCAACGUACCGAGCAGGUAAUUCAAAGCCAUGAGGAUGCUACAUUAGCCUAUAAGAUCGCGAACCUCUUCGGCUUUUACAAGAUAACAUUCUCGAAGCUUCUCGGUACAGACUCAGAUGUGCUGGAAGUAUUCUUCGACGCUUUAGAAAACUCUGCUAUGCGCAGAUUCCGGACCAACAUGAGAGAUCAUGUUGCAGCGGUGCAAAACGAAGUCACGGUUGCCCCAACAGACUUGUCACCUCCGGACUUUUUGGAGGAAGCCUUAGAGACGCUGAAAGCUCUUGCAAAGAGUUACGAUACUUCCGUUGCUACACUCGAAGACCGCGAGAAUGGCUUCGAGUCGGUCCUUGUCGAGGCUUUGGACCCAUUUUUGAAAGGAUGCCUCAAUCUACGCGACGGGCUACAGGAACCAGAUGCCGAUAUUUUCAUCAUCAAUUGUCUAUUAGAGGCCAAGGGUACACUCGCGGGAUAUUCUUUUACGCAAGAUCGCCUGAAGGGCAUUGAUAAAAUUAUCGGCGAGCACACAGCUCGAUUGGUCGAUUAUCAACAUCGCUAUCUCACUCACAACUCUGGCUUGCAUGCGCUCAUGGAAGCACUAUCCGAAGCGAAAAUUUCGGAUACCACUGAAAGUCUUAAAACCAUACCAAGAUUGGAUGCUUUCAAACCCGAUACACUCAUCUCGAUCAGCCAGCAAUUGGACGAAUUCCUUCCUUCGGCUCUUAUCGAUGCUGCAGAGAAUAUCAAGCGACUGCGAAACAGGAGGUUUGUGCAGGAUGUCACCGAGGAAGCAGCAGGACGAUUUUGUGAAGACUUUGAAUUCGUUGAGAGUAAGCUGCUUGCAGCUGAUGAUCUUGUACGGGCAGACGAAGACUCUGAUGAGGAAGAGCCCGCGCCAGGCCUUAGAGAUAUGUUCCCCCGCACAAGCGGGGAAAUCAGGGUAUUGUUGAGUUAAAAGGUGUUGAGGAAUAUCUACAUCCCUCAAUAUGAAGCAAAAAAACCAGCCAAUACACACAAUCCUGUUCCUCAUGUUGAUAUCAUACAUCUUGAUCAUCUAACGUGCUCUCUACCAUUGCUUCUUGGAUCGUGACUUCAUAAUCGCUUCAUCAUUGAGGACGCUUCUUUUCCCAUUCUUCAGGCGUGUGG